GAAUAGUUAGUUAUCAUGCAUUACUUUAUUACAACUUAAUCGUACUGUGCUAGAUCAAUUCAAACUUCACUCUAUAUAUAUAGUUCAUGUCCUGUACUAAUUACUACCACAAACAUUGGAGCUUCUUAAGUUUAUUAAUUAGGAAGUUUGGAGAAAAAAAUAUAAGAAAAUGGGUGUUUCUAGUAAAAUGAUGGUGAUGAUAUUUCUAGGAGUAUUAGGGUUUGUAGGCCUUGCUGAGGCACAAUUGAAGCUUGGUUACUAUGCUCAAAGUUGCCCGAAAGCCGAGGCAAUUGUGCAAGAUUAUGUGCAUCAACACAUCCCACAUGCUCAGUCUAUGGCUGCUCCUCUUCUUCGAAUGCAAUUUCAUGAUUGCUUCGUUAGGGGUUGUGAUGGAUCAGUGCUCUUGAAUAAAACCGAAGUUGGAAACAAUGAUACAGAAAAGACCGCUAACCCAAAUUUGACACUAAGAGGGUUUGGCUUCAUUGAUAGUGUUAAGAGCAUGCUUGAAGAAGAAUGUCCCGGUGUUGUGUCUUGUGCAGAUAUUAUUGCUUUGGUUGCUAGAGAUUCAGUUUGGACCGUUGGAGGUCCAUGGUGGCCGGUAACAACUGGUCGACGAGACGGACGUAUUUCAAACGCCAGUGAAGCACUGCAAGAUAUCCCACCACCAUUUAGCAACUUCAGCUCACUCCAGACCAGUUUUGCUAGCAAGGGUCUUGAUUUGAAAGACUUGGUCUUGCUUUCCGGUGCUCACACAAUAGGAAUAGCACAUUGCUCAUCAUUCAACGAGCGACUAUACAACUUCAGCGGACGAGGGUACGGGCAAGACCCAUCACUCGACAGCGAGUACGCGGCCAACCUCAAGGCAAGAAAAUGCAAAACACCAAGUGACAACACAAGCAUUGCUGAAAUGGACCCUGGAAGUCACAGGACAUUCGACUUGAGCUACUACAAACUUCUCUUAAAAAGGCGAGGCCUAUUCCAAUCGGACGCCGCCCUUACGAAAUCGCUAACGACUCUAUCGUACAUCAAGGAGCUAGUUAAUGGUCCAUUGGAGGCUUUCUUUGCUGAGUUUGGUCAAGCCAUGGUUAAGAUGGGUGAGGUUCAAGUACUGACUGGGUCAGCUGGUGAAAUAAGAAAACAUUGUGCUUUUGUUAAUUAGUGCUAAAUAACCUUGUACAAGUGUACAUCGUACAAUUGGUUUUUAAUUAUUUUGUUAAUUUACUGUUGGAAUAAUUGAGGGAGCAGUUGUGCUCUUUCAUAUGAUUUCUAUGUCAAUUUUCCACUAGUUUAUAUAUGGUGAUGAUUUCGAAUAAUUAAUAAAAUGUGAACUUGGAUUUUGUUUGUGUUAAA